AUGGCAAAACUCGGAAAGUUCUUCACAACACACCCAGAGGAUUCAACGCCUUCAGAGCCAACUAAAGUAUCGGUGCCAGCGGCUCUCAUCUCUGCGUCGAGCUCCGUGAGCCCACACUGUGCUUGGGUAAGUAACACGCUUUAUUACCUGCGUUACCUUGAUUCCUCAUCAGGUCGCGAAACAGACGUACUACCGCGACCGUCGUCUCGUCACCCGCACCGAUGUGCGCGCACGCAUGAGCGUCUGGAGCCGUCUCUUUGGCUGGUGCAGCGGUGGAACCGUCCGUCAACCGAACCCCGAGAACGAGACAAUCUUCACGAUCCGCCCAUGA